AUGGCUCCCCACCCCGUCACCACCAAGACGUACGCCUCGCGCGCGGCAUCGCACCCCAACUCUACCGCCCGCCGCCUCCUCGAGACAAUGGAGCGCAAAAAGACAAACCUCUGCGUGUCGGUCGACGUGACCAAGUCGGCCGAGAUCCUCGACAUUGUUCGCCAGGUCGCCCCAUACGUCUGCAUGGUCAAGACCCACAUCGACAUUGUCGAGGACUUUACCAUCGACCUUGCCCAUGAGCUCAGGCGCCUCGCCGACGAGCUUGACUUUGUCAUCUUCGAGGACCGCAAGUUUGCCGACAUUGGCAACACGGUCGAGCUUCAGUACAGCUCUGGUGUCCACAAGAUUGCCUCGUGGUCUCACCUCACCAACGCCCACGUCGUGCCCGGCCCUGGCAUCAUCACGGGCCUCGGAGCUGCCGGUAAACCCCUCGGCAACGCCCUCAUCCUGCUGGCUGAGAUGAGCUCGGCCGGUAACCUCGCCAGCGGCGAGUACACCGAGAAGGCUGUUCAGAUGGCCCGUGAGGCUGGCCUCGACUGGGUCGUCGGCUUCAUCGCCAUGCACCGUGUUGACAAGGCUGAUGACCCCGACUUUUUGGUCAUCACCCCCGGUGUCGGUCUGGACGUCAGGGGCGACGGCCGUGGUCAGCAGUACCGCACCCCUCACGAGGUCGUGCACGACUCGGGCUGCGAUGUCAUCAUUGUUGGCCGCGGCAUCUACAAGAACAAGGACGCCGUCGCCGCCGAGGCAAAGAGGUAUCAGGAGGCCGGAUGGAAGGCCUACGAGGAGCGCCUGCAACGCACUGCUUAG